AUGGGCAUUGCAGGUCUGCUGCCGCUGCUCAAGGAUAUCCAGGUGCGUAAAGAGGGUCGCCGCGAAGAGAAUCGUGCCAAAGGGAUUGCGCUGCACAAGCAGAACAAAGGUGCAGCAGCACGCGAGGCAUUUGUCCGCUGUGCCGAUGUCACGCCGCAAAUGGCGUACGAGCUGAUAAAGCUCCUGCGCCGCGAAAAGGUUGCGUACGUUGUAGCUCCGUACGAAGCCGAUGCACAACUUGCGUAUUUGGAGUCCCAAGGCAUCAUCGACGGAAUAAUUACCGAAGAUUCUGAUUUCCUCGUGUUUGGAUGCAAGACGAUCCUGUUCAAAUUGGACUCGUACGGAAGCUGUAUCGAAAUUCAGCAGGCGCGUCUUGCCGAGACGAAACAGGUAUGCCUGCAAGGCUGGGGUCCUGCCGAGUUCCGGCGCAUGGCCAUCUUGUCUGGCUGCGAUUACCUGCCGUCGAUCGCGGGGAUGGGGUUGAAGAAUGCGCACCGACUCUUGCGCAAGUACGAGUCUGUCGACAAGAUGCUGCGGGCAUUGCGUCUAGAGGGGAAAAUGCGCAUUCCCAACACGUACGAGCACGAUUUUGCGCGCGCCGAGUUUACGUUUGUGCACCAGCGAGUGUGGGAUCCACGAGGCAAUGGGUGCAUGACGACACUUUUUCCGCUCCCGGCAGAUGCAUGCGAGGCACAUAUGCCGUUCAUAGGUGCGCCGAUCCCUUGGGAGACGGCGCGCAAGAUUGCAUGCGGUGAUAUUUGUCCCGUGAAGCACACACCGCUUGACGGCACAGCCGCAUCGACCGCCGUGCACAAUGGUCAGCCGUCGAUCCGCAACUUUUUCUCGCGCAAAGAGACCGUGUCUUGCAGCACACCUCGACAAAUCACGCCACGGCGUCCACUCGCGGAGCGCGAUAUAAACCUGCCAAAACACACCCCGCACACGACGAGCAAGUUUUUCGCGACGAGUCCUGCCUGCGAGACACCGUUGUUCGAUAGGGCAGCACAGAGUAACGAAGUGUAUACGCCGGCAACUUCGCCUCUCCUUAGCGGCUGCUCCUCACCGCCCGCAUCGCCUUGCGGGCAGGACGGCACGGUAUCGAGCCCCGUUUCCUCGCCCACCGCCUCGCCGUCGCGGUGCCGAAAGCAUAUUCCUGCGCCUUGCGGCCCACGCAUAAGCACGCCGCUGCAGCGCCCUUCUGUGGGCCUCGCAUUGCAACGGCAUAGCACAGAUCCAAAUACCCCAACAUACCACGACGACGCUGCGCGGAGGAGCGCAUGGUUCAAACGGUUUACAUUCUCCGGCACACGUCCUCGGCAAACGGCCACGCCCGACACGCCACCGACGCCGCUGCCGCUUCCCUGCGAUGUACUUCGCUCGACACCGCUGGCUCUUGACGCAGGGAAACGCAAGCGCGAAGCGUGUGCAACGCCCGACACGAAAAAAAUGCACACCAAUGAUCCGCCGAGCGGCAGCGCGAAAUUACUCCAAUUCCGUUUCCGCGAAAAAAUACGGUAG